AUGUUUAUCACUGUGAUGUUCGGAGCUGGUUGCCGGGAGCUGGUGAACCCCUGGUGCAGCCUGGUGAACUUCACUGUGCAUCUGAAACAGAAGGCUCGGGUCCCCCCAGAAGUAACCAUUGCCCUCCUGGCUGAAGACGGGCACUUGGUGAAGUUACAAGAGGAGACCACCCAGGCUCUGUCCAUGGCCUGUUCCCUGAUACAGGAACAAGGGACCUAUGUCCUGGUACAGGUCAUUAACGGGAAAGAUGGGACCCCCACUCGCUAUGAGUCGCUUCUGGACAACCUGGAUGACCAGUAUCCAGAGUUAGCAGAGGAGCUGUGCUGCCUCUCCGGCUUUCCAACCACAAGCAAUGGUCAGAGGAGACGCACGGGCAUUCGACGUGGCCACCGGGAACAAGGUCCCCCCACUUCAAGGUCUCGAAGGGCGACCUCCCUAUCAUCUAAAAACCGCUAA